AUGGGAGAUGUGGCGAAGCUCCUCCCAAGCGAGAUUGUCUUGCUGCAUCAUCCGGACUUCUUGCCGAAGGAGUUCGUUCUACGCCGUGAAGUCCAGGUCGCUCGUCGAGUGGGGGCUGUCCAGCAGGGAGAGUUCGCGAGUCGAUUGCUUCGGGUGGGGGGACUGCUUGUGUUUCGCGAUUUGGUAGACCCCGCAAGGGGAGAGACUGUCGCGAUAGUCCACCCCGGUACCCGUGUCCUUCCGAAGGAUGUCCAGGCUCCGAGCUUUGAAAUUCCAAGCCUCCUGUGCCAGGUGUCCGCGCUCACUAGCGUAAAGCAGACGGCGUUCGCCGUGUGGGUCUGUGACUGCUUCUGGUGGGGCACGAGGGAUUUCGUGCCAGAUGGCUGGACGUUCUCCCUCGAACGUGAUGUCGAGGGUGCACAUGCCUUGGUCUCGCGGAUCUUGCGUGAGUGGAAUCACCUUGCCUUGGAUAGUGAGGUGCGGAGUGCGCUCUUCGACGACGCAGCGCAAUCCCUUUUUCAGGAGGGAGAUGGGCGAAAAUAUGUUGCGACCAAGCCCCGGAACGAUGGGUCCCUGAAUCCGCACGCGCAAUUGCUGUCCUCGAUUGUCCUUGACGGUGCAGUGUAGGAUGCCCGUGGCCGUGCCUUUGAGUUGUCUUUCUCCGGCCACGUCCACGAUCUUUGGAGAGUUUCGCUGGGUGUAAUCGUGGAGGUUUCCGUCGGGGAUGAGGCGAUUGUCAAACAUGGUCUCCGAUGCUCCCGUGUCUACCAGCAGGCCUACCCCGGUGGAGCUCGCGGCGAAGUUGCGUCCUGAGAUGCGGGAACACGUGCCGAACAUGAAGCCGCUGUCAAAGGCGUCCUCGUCCCGGGUGAAGUCGACAACUGCCACUUCAUUGUUUGAGUCGUGCUUGUUGGACGCCGACGAGCAUGAGUGCAGUUGGAGCACGCGGUGAAUGCUUUACUUGAGUCCUUGGUGUCUUCCGGGCGCUUUCCUCCUUGCUGGUAGCAUUCCUCGUCCGAGUGAGACGUGGUGUUGUGCUUGGAGCACCACUUGGUAGCUCCGGCGGGCUUCGUUUUCUUCUUCGCCCUGUUCUUGAUCUUGGGGCAGUUCCUCCUGAUGUGCCCCGGCUCGUAGCAGCUGUGGCAGAUGAUGUCAGACGCGGUCGUUGCCAUGGCAAAUCCUCGACUAGCUAUGCAUCCCUUCCAUCCCUUGCUCGAUUGUUCGUCCAAUAAGAUGUUGCGCAUGGUGGAUUGCAUGUCCAGGACGUUGAAGGUUUGGUCUCUGUACACCAUCAGUUUGACGUCCUUGUAUUCGUCGGAGAAGCCCUGUACGCAGAUGUCCUUGAAGCGGCGGUCGGAGAUGGGUUCUCCCAUCUCAUCCAGCUGGGUGCGAAGUAGGUGCUUCUGGUUCAAGUAGUCGUCGGGAUUUUCACCAGGGUUCAUGGGGUUGUUCUCCAGCUCCUCCAUCUUGGCCCUAAUGACCUCGUCCGUUACCCUGUCAUAGUUGUUGCAGAGCUCCUCGAAGGCAGCUUGUCCGUCGCCGCUGAUGCCAGUGUCGUCUUCGUGCUUCUGUAUCGACAAGGCGGCUGGAAGUUCCACUAGGAGGAAAAGAAUGGCGUAGAGAUCUUCGUUUGCCCUUGUGUAGGAGUCGAAGGCCGCUGUGUCUGCGGGAUCUGGCUUCCUUUGUUUCUUCAGCAGUGGCAGGAUGUCCUUCCUGGUCACACCUAACACCACGCAGAAUUUCUUCAUCCAUGUCUUGAACUCAGCUGGGUCCUUUCCGUCGAAUUUCUUGAGGCCUUUGAUCACGGUUGCCAGGUUCGUAGAACUAUCGCUGGCGAACGCGCUUCCACCUCCUGUGUCGCUCGUUGCGGUAUCCAUUGCUCGUUCCAGCUUUAUUUUCUCCGUCUUGAUUAUAGUACUUCCUGCUGUAGGAGUAAGUUUACUCGUGGUACUAGUGCCUGUA